UUGAUGAUGGAUUAUAUAUACAAUCACGAAAUGAUUAGAAUCGUCAAUAAAUCAGUUCCAUAAACGUUUUGUUCGAUUUAUUAUCACUUUUACGAGUAUAUCAAGCUCAAAAUGUCGAGGUUAAUUUUGCUAAUAUUCAUAUUCCUAGCAACUUAUGCUCAUAGUGAAGAUCCCAUUGUACAAAUAUCUAAUGGAAAAAUCAAAGGAGAAAUGAUGGUCACCCCUUACAACAGGAGUUUCUACGCGUUCAGGGGUAUACCUUACGCCAAACCCCCACUUGGAGAUCUCCGCUUCCAGGCACCUCAAAAACCUGAUAACUGGACAGGUAUACUGAACAGCGAUGCAAAGGAUAGAAUAUGCAUACAACUGUACUCACAAUCCCAACCAAAUGAGAGCGAAGAUUGUUUGUAUAUACAUGUUUACACACCACAGAUACCCUCAGAAACACAGAAAGUUUCUCUGCCUGUUAUGUAUGUCAUCCAUGGUGGGGGAUUUGCUUACGGUACUCCGACCCCUCAAGAGCUAGGUCCUCAAUACUUGAUGGAUUACGACGUGGUAGUUGUUACAGUUGGAUACAGGUUGGGAUUUCUGGGUUUUCUAUCAACUGGGGAUUUGAAUUGUCCUGGUAAUUAUGGACUCAAGGAUCAACAGUUUGGGCUGAGAUGGGUACAAGAUAAUAUUCGGCACUUUGGUGGAGAUCCAAAAAGAGUUACAAUUUUUGGCGAGAGUGCGGGCGCUGUCAGCGUUGGUCUGCAUUUGUUGGGCGAAAAUUCUGAAGGUCUUUUCAUUGGAGCAAUACAAGACAGUGGAUCAUCUCUGGCCAAUUGGGCUCUUCAAACUAGCCCCAAAGAUAUCGCAUACAAGCUCGGAAAACAGAUCGAUUCAACGAUAAACGAGAAUAAUACUUCGACAUCAGAACUUGUGAGAAUCUUCAGAGCUCUAGAUAUUCCACGAUUGAAAAAGGCUUGCGCUGAAGUUUUUGGAGAAGGGUUUCAAGCAAAUUACAACGACAUUUACCAGGGAUUUCUUUUAACUGGUACAAUCGAACCAAAACAUGAUGGCGCUUUUCUAACGAAAUCUCCCUUCCAGUCGUUAAUCAAGGGAGAUUUCAUCAAGGUUCCAACACUUCUUGGUAUUAACUCCGAAGAGAGUCUAUUCUUAGCUGAAGAUCCAACACUUGAAGAUAAAAUGGCGUAUUUUGACCAGAACAAAGAACUUUAUGUGCCUCCGAAUAUGCAUAUAAGUGACCAAAAGACCAAGAAACUGGUUGGAGAAAAGAUAACAAGAAUGUAUGAUCCAUCAGGUUGUUUGCAUCAAAAUAAAGCUAUUUCUAUAAGGUUUUUCAGUGAUACAAGUUUCGGAAGACCAACAAUAAAACAAGCGCAGCUUCAAUCAAAAUAUUCUGAUGUUUUCUUUUAUGAGUUUGGAUACUCAGGAAAGAUGGGAAAACAAUUUCCCUCACCAGAUAUUCCAGGCAAAGUUUGUCAUUCAGAAGAGAUGAUGUAUAUCUUUCAUAGAAGCGAUGCCAAAGAUAUAUUUUCAUUUCAGGAAGAAGAUAGGAUCACAAUGAAAAGAAUGUUAACGAUGUGGACAAACUUCGUGAAAUACCAGAAUCCAACACCAGAAUGUCUCGAAAUAUUGCAGAGUACCAUUUGGCCAAAAAUUUCAAACGUUGAUGAAAUGCCCUAUUUGUCAAUCAACAAUAGUUUGGAGGUUAAAGUUAACCUGAAGAAGCAGAUGAUGGAGGGUUACCAACAAUUAUAUGACGAGUAUGCUGUUCCACCCCUGGACACUUAUUGAAAGAUAUUUAUUUUCACUUUCAUGUUGAAAUUUUCACUGAAGAAAGAAGUAGUUUAAUUUCGUUCGUAACACACUUGUUGAUUUUAUAUUUGUGGGUGUUAUGUAUCUUAAUUGAAUUUGAGGAUAAUAAAUAACUUUAUUAAUUAUCAGAAAUACUGCAAUUAUGAAACCUCAGGAUAACAAUAAACAUCAUAUAUUAUGCAA